GGCGACGCCAGCGCCGCCCGUAAUAAUUUAAUCGGCCGAUCACAAUCGUCACAACUCACGAUCCGCAUUCCGACGGUUCCUCGACGAAGUACGAACUCGCUGACUUCAUUAUUCGUUUUGUCGGCGUCCGUUUAGCACGCACACUUUGCCCGCCACGCACGGACCACUGACUUUUCUUUGUCGAUUUUCGCGCAACUACAACCGCAGAAAAAUGGUGUUAGUACUUGAACAACCUGCCCCAAAAUUCAAGGGUACUGCUGUCGUCAAUGGAGAGUUUAAAGACAUUUCAUUAGAAUCAUUCAAAGGAAAAUAUGUUGUUUUAUUUUUCUAUCCAUUGGACUUUACUUUUGUGUGCCCGACUGAAAUAAUUGCAUUCUCUGAUCGUGCUAAUGAGUUUGCGGCUAUCAAUUGUCAGUUAAUCGCAGCCUCUUGCGAUAGUCACUUCAGUCAUUUGGCUUGGGUAAACACUCCCCGUAAUGAAGGUGGUUUAGGCAAAAUGCAAAUUCCUUUGUUGGCUGAUAAGUCUGCUGCUAUUGCCAAGGACUAUCAAGUUUAUAAUGAAGCUACUGGAAUACCAUACCGUGGAUUGUUUAUCAUUGAUGAUAAAGGAAACUUGAGACAAAUUACAAUCAACGAUUUGCCUGUUGGACGAUCUGUCGAUGAAACUUUGCGUCUUGUUCAAGCAUUCCAAUACACUGAUGAACAUGGAGAAGUUUGCCCAGCCAACUGGAAACCAGGUAGCAAGACCAUUAACCCAUCAAAAUCCAAGGACUACUUCAAAACUGUUGAAUAAAUAUAUCACGUAUUAAAAGAUAAUACUGUUUCUUUUUACUAAUGAAUUAUUUUUAUAAUUAUCUUAUUUAGAUUAAUUUGUUUAUACAACAAAAGUUAAAUUAAUGGGAAUAAGGUAUUACACUUUUUUUUUUAAUUAGCAGUUCCACGCAUAAGUGAUUAAUUUUUUUUGUAUCCAGAUUUUUAUUUAUUGCCAUAUAAAUUCAAUUUAAUUAAAAAAAAAACCUUAAUUAAAUAAAAGAUUUACCGUUAUA